CGCAUGCCCAAUGCGCAGUGGAAGCCAUGUUGGAGCUACAUUGGAUUCAGGCUGGGAUUUUCUGACGCCGUAUGUUUUUCUUUAAAUAUCUGUUUUCGUACAUUGUUGGGGUUCGUAAACCGUGCGCGAUCGGCGCCGUAAUCGGCAGUGGAAAUGAUGAACUCCAGUGUCGACCUGUCCCGGCGGAAUCCACAGGAGGAUUUCGAGCUGAUCCAGAGGAUAGGAAGCGGCACAUACGGAGAUGUGUACAAGGCUCGUAAUGUAAACACAGGAGAGCUGGCUGCUAUCAAAGUCAUCAAACUGGAACCCGGUGAGGACUUUGCAGUCGUGCAGCAGGAGAUUAUAAUGAUGAAGGACUGUAAACACUCCAACAUUGUUGCCUAUUUUGGCAGUUAUCUCCGAAGAGAUAAGUUAUGGAUCAGCAUGGAGUACUGUGGAGGUGGUUCUCUGCAAGAUAUCUAUCAUGUAACCGGGCCUUUGUCAGAAUCACAGAUAGCUUACAUGUCACGGGAGACCCUACAGGGUUUAUACUACCUGCACAAUAAAGGCAAAAUGCACAGAGACAUUAAGGGAGCCAACAUCCUCCUGACAGACAAUGGCUAUGUGAAACUAGCUGACUUUGGCGUAUCAGCCCAGAUCACAGCGACCCUAGCAAAGAGGAAGUCAUUCAUUGGAACACCUUACUGGAUGGCUCCUGAGGUAGCAGCGGUGGAGAGGAAAGGGGGUUACAACCAGUUGUGUGAUAUCUGGGCUGUGGGUAUCACUGCAAUAGAACUGGCUGAACUGCAGCCACCCAUGUUCGACCUGCACCCAAUGAGGGCUCUGUUCUUAAUGACAAAGAGUAAUUUCCAGCCUCCUAAGUUGAAAGAUAAAAUGAAGUGGACAAAUAACUUCCACCAUUUUGUCAAACUGGCUCUGACCAAGAACCCAAAAAAGAGGCCCACAGCUGAGAAACUGCUGCAGCACCCUUUUGUUUCCCAGCCUCUCAGCAGGACGUUAGCGAUUGAGCUGCUGGAUAAAUCCAACAACCCCGACCACAGCACCUUCAACGACUUUGACGAUGACGACCCUGAGCCUGAGUUUAAGUACAGGGGUCACUUUCUUCCCAUAAGUCCCGGUGCUCGACGUGCACUCCGUUUUGCAGCCCGUCGGAAGUCCCCGGUUCCUUAUCGUAUCCGCUCCACCAGCAGGAGCACCAGAGAAGGAAAAACACUGUCCGAGAUGAAAUUCGAUCAAGUGAAGUUUGAUAGUCUUUUGGAAAAGGAGACACAACCUCAUCAUGAACCGUGUGAUUCUGAGCCCUAUCUGGACUGUGUUGAGGAGCUCUACUAUACAGCAAGAUCUAAUCUGGAUUUGCAGCUGGAAUACGGUCAAGAUUCAUCGCGUUUUUUGGGAGGAAACAAGAGUCUUCUCAAAUCGGUGGAGGAGGAGCUGCAGCAGAGGGGCCAUGUGGCACACUUAGGGGAUGAUGAGGAUGAGGAUGAUGAUGGUGCAGAUGAUGAUGAAACUCACACUCAUAAAUCAAGCACCAUCAUGAGGCCAAGGGUCCCACCCCCACUUCCUCCUAAGCCCAAAUCCAUCUCCUCACCCCAUAAUCAGACGGAUCAAAAACACGACGACAGCCACUCACACAGUGAAGAUGACGGUGGAGGGGGAGGGACCAUCAAGCGCUGCCCAGUGCCAGAGACGCCGAGCCCCGCCAAGCCCGCCUCCUAUGUCCCCCCGCGUCCCCCGCCCCCGAAGCUGCCGCCCCACCGCCGCAGUAGCCUAGGUAACGAGAGCCCGAAGCUCAAAGACGUCGAAAACUCUGCCACAGAGGAUGAUGGGAGCUUUAGGCAUUUCUGGGAGUGGCUCCACACGCCUCACACAGAGGAGGAGCUGGAGGAGGCAUGGGAGGUUCUCAAGGAGGUGAAAGAGGAGCAGGAAAAACAGGAGGAAAAGAAAGAGAGUAAUGGGCUGAACUCUCCCCACAAUGGCGAGAGGGCCAGCCCAGCAGAGAGGCAGUCCACCAUGCCACCUAGUGUCCCCAUACGGAAGGACAAGAAGGAUGUUCCGAAGCCAAUCAGUAAUGGUCUCCCCCCAACACCCAAAGUCCAUAUGGGUGCGUGUUUCUCCAAGGUGUUCAACGGCUGUCCCCUCAAGAUCCACUGUGCCACUUCGUGGAUCAACCCUGACACCAGAGACCAGUAUUUGAUAUUCGGAGCAGAAGAGGGAAUCUACACAUUAAACCUCAAUGAGCUACAUGAGACAACAAUGGAACAGCUCUUCCCUCGGCGGUGUACCUGGUUAUAUGUCAUGAACAACUGUCUUCUUUCCAUAUCUGGAAAAGCCUCUCAGCUGUACUCCCAUAGUCUAAGCGGUAUGUUUGAACAGGCCAGACAGUUACAGAAGUUACCAGUAGCCAUUCCCACGCACAAGCUGCCUGAUAAGAUAAUUCCCAGGAAGUUUGCUGUGUCCAAUAAGAUUCCAGAGACUAAAGGGUGCCAAAAGUGCUGCGUAGUUCGUAACCCAUACACAGGUCAUAAGUACCUGUGUGGAGCCUUCCAGUCAAGUGUCAUGCUGUUGGAGUGGGUGGAGUCAAUGCAGAAGUUCAUGCUCAUCAAGACUAUUGACUUCCCACUACCCUGUCCGUUGGAGGUCUUUGAAAUGUUGGUGGUCCCUGAACAGACCUACCCUCUCAUCUGUGUCGCAGUCAGUAAAGGAACUGAACUCAGCCAGGUGGUCCGAUUUGGCACAGUCAAUCCCAACUCUACCUCCUCCUGGUUCACAGAAGCAGAAACCCCACAGACAUGUGUGAUCCAUGUCACUCAGCUAGAGAGAGACACGAUCCUAGUCUGCCUCGACAGGUGUAUAAAGAUAGUGAAUCUCCAGGGUCGGUUGAAAUCCAGCAGAAAGUUGUCAGCCGAGCUCACCUUCAACUUCCAGAUUGAAAACAUCGUUUGCCUCCAAGACAGUGUAUUGGCGUUUUGGAGACAUGGCAUGCAGGGACGGAGUUUCAAGACUAAUGAGAUCACUCAGGAGAUCUCAGACAGCACACGCAUCUUCAGACUACUGGGAUCAGACAGGGUGGUGGUGCUGGAAAGCAGGCCUACGGACAACCCUACAGCCCACAGCAACCUCUACAUCCUGGCAGGCCAUGAAAACAGCUACUGAGACAUGCACACUAACAUACGUGCACAUAAAACACGCUCUGUAGACACCCCAGCAUUAGUACAGGAAAGGGAGCAAGCGACACACUCAUCCCAACUCCACUUUUAUCCCACCCAGCCUUCAUCUUCUCCCCUGGCCCGACUAGCAGUGUGUCUGGGAGAUGUUCAUCAGUGCACAUGCGGAAUCCCAGUUGCAGCGUUUUAUAAAGAGCUGCAGUGUUAUGUGUAUCAGUGAAGUGUGCGUGUGGCGUUAGAGCAGUGGGUUGUAGACCCGUUUCUGACAGUGUCAGGGUUUUAAAACUCUUGGCCUGAGGCCGCUUUAGAUCGGGAUAGCCAGCUGAAUCUCUGGCCCCUACCCUGGAUACAUCACCCUGGGAACAAUGUCUAGCACGGAAAUUUGACUCCAACACUACUUCUACUACUACUACUUCUACAUCUUCUG